UUCGCAGGGCCAGAGGGGCCAAAAGAAGUGUGGCCACACACCCUGAAAGUUCCCCGGGGUCCUCCCACGCGCAUCCUCCCACCCUCCGGCCAUAGAGACGAAGGGACAGAAAUGCCGGCCUCGUGCAGCCGAGACUCCGCCCCGCUGCCGGUCGGCCCGCCCGCGCCUCCAGCGGAAGCCGGAAGCAAAAGCGGGCCCUGCUAGCCCCGCGCUCGGUGGUCUCGGAGGCUCCGCGGGAUUGGGGAGAAGAUGGCGGAAGAGGAGUUCCCCAACACGACUCAUGAAGGUUUCAAUGUCACCCUGCACACCACCCUGGUGGUCACUACGAAACUGGUGCUCCCGACCCCUGCCAAGCCCAUCCUCCCGGUGCAGACAGGGGAGCAAGCUCAGCAGGAAGAGCAGUCGAGCGGCAUGACCAUUUUCUUCAGCCUCCUCGUCCUAGCUAUCUGCAUCAUAUUGGUGCAUUUACUGAUCCGAUACAGAUUACAUUUCUUGCCAGAGAGUGUUGCUGUGGUCUCAUUAGGUAUUCUCAUGGGAGCAGUUAUAAAAAUUAUAGAGUUUAAAAAACUGGCAAAUUGGAAGGAGGAAGAAAUGUUUCGUCCAAAUAUGUUUUUCCUCCUCUUGCUUCCACCUAUUAUAUUUGAGUCAGGAUAUUCAUUGCACAAGGGUAAUUUCUUUCAAAAUAUUGGCUCCAUCACCCUAUUUGCUGUUUUUGGAACAGCAAUUUCCGCUUUUGUAGUAGGUGGAGGAAUUUACUUUCUGGGUCAGGGGUUUUUUUUUGUGUGUGUCUGUGUGUUUGUGUGUUUUAUUUUACAGGCUGAUGUAAUCUCUAAACUCAACAUGACAGACAGUUUUGCGUUUGGCUCCCUGAUUUCUGCUGUUGACCCAGUGGCCACUAUUGCUAUUUUCAACGCCCUUCAUGUGGACCCAGUGCUCAACAUGCUGGUGUUUGGAGAGAGCAUUCUCAAUGACGCAGUCUCCAUUGUCCUGACCAACACAGCUGAAGGUUUAACAAGAAAAAAUAUGUCAGAUGUCAGUGGGUGGCAGACGUUUUUACAAGCCCUUGGCUACUUCCUCAAAAUGUUCUUUGGCUCCGCGGCACUCGGCACCCUCACUGGCUUAAUAUCUGCAUUGGUGCUGAAGCACGUUGACUUGAGGAAGACGCCUUCCUUGGAGUUCGGCAUGAUGAUCAUCUUUGCCUACCUUCCAUAUGGGCUCGCAGAAGGGACCUCACUGUCGGGCAUCAUGGCCAUCCUCUUCUCCGGCAUCGUGAUGUCUCACUACACGCACCACAACCUGUCCCCGGUCACCCAGAUCCUCAUGCAGCAAACCCUGCGGACCGUGGCCUUCUUGUGCGAAACAUGUGUGUUUGCAUUUCUUGGCCUGUCCAUUUUUAGUUUCCCUCACAAGUUUGAAAUUUCCUUUGUCAUCUGGUGCAUAGUGCUUGUGCUGUUUGGCAGAGCCGUGAACAUUUUCCCCCUCUCCUACCUCCUGAAUUUCUUCCGUGAUCAUAAAAUCACCCCGAAGAUGAUGUUCAUCAUGUGGUUCAGUGGCCUGCGGGGCGCCAUCCCCUACGCCCUGAGCCUCCACCUGGACCUGGAGCCCAUGGAGAAGCGGCAGCUCAUCGGCACCACCACCAUUGUCAUCGUGCUCUUCACCAUCCUGCUGCUGGGCGGCAGCACCAUGCCGCUCAUCCGCCUCGUGGACAUCGAGGGUGCCAAGGCGCGCCGCAGGGGCCGCAAGGACGUCAACCUCAGCAAGACCGAGAAGAUGGGCAACACCGUUGAGUCGGAGCACUUGUCGGAGCUCACGGAGGAGGAGUACGAGGCCCACUACAUCAGACGGCAGGACCUCAAAGGUUUCCUGUGGCUGGACGCCAAGUACCUGAACCCUUUCUUCACGCGGCGGCUGACCCAGGAGGACCUCCACCACGGGCGCAUCCAGAUGAAAACGCUGACGAACAAGUGGUAUGAAGAGGUGCGCCAGGGCCCCUCGGGCUCGGAGGACGACGAGCAGGAGCUACUGUGACCGAGCGAUGCCCGGGACGGACCCCCGCAAGGCGCGCGCACGGGCAGCUCUCCGCUCUUCAGGGCGGACAGAAGGAGGGUGACACCCGGGCCAGGGUCGUCCCAGCCCAGGACUCCGCAGACCCUGGGGGCCGGCCGGCUGCCCUGCAGUGCCCCCUCCCCGCUCCUUACUGGGCCUGACCGCAGACCGGAGGGCCCGCGUGCAGGUAGAUCUUUGCUGCUGCUUCCGGAGCCAGGGAGCAGCCAUCUGUCCGGUGAGGUGCCCGAGAGCGCGGUGCGCAGUCGCCGCCGUCCCUGGCCGCUGCUUUCAUCACGGAGCCCUUCCCUGGCGGGUGGGCGUCAGGACCCACGGGGCCGCAAGCUGGCCGCCACUUGCCUGCUCCUCAUCACGGUGCCGCUGGCUUCCUCAGCAGCAGUUCUCAUCCAAGCGGCAGGCUCAGAACCCUCGGACCCUCGCCCACCCCUUCGUGAUAUUGCUUGAGCUCCGUGAGAAGGAGAAACCAAGAGGCCUUUUUUGUUUUACCUCCGACUGGCACCUCACAGGCUGUCUCCCCGGGCGGCAGGCGGCUCCCGCCUUCUCUGGGAAUGCUGUGAAUGUUUACACGGGAACCGGGCGGGCUCAGCCCCUGGAACCCUGUUGGAAGCUGCGGCCCUGGUUUUGGGGGUGAGUGAGCCUCUCUGCGGGGUCAGAGCGCCCUCUGGAGGGGAAACCUGGAGGCGCGGGAUUUAUGCGGGCCAGCAAGCAGCUGCUGUCUGAAUUCAGUUUAAAUUCAUGCUCUUUGACGGAGCAGUGAGAGCCUAGCAGUACCUCCCUGACCUGAUUCCUCAUUCAGUGGUCCUUGUUUGCCCAGGCCCCUUUCCCUGGGCUCCGCCCGCAGUUCACCCGCUGCGCCGUCAGCUCAUCAGCAUCUCUUCUUUCCUGCUCCCUGUUCUCUGCCGUCUUGGGUCCUCCCUGCAGCCCCUCCCGGGACUCCCGUAGCCGGGAGCCGGGUACAUCCGCUCCUCACCUGGACUUACUCGGCCCUUCCACGUGCUCGCUCGCUCGCUCUCACACACACACAACCGUGGUCCAGCUCCUGGGCCAUCUCAAGGGGUGAGCUGCCCAUCAUGACCAGAUGACUGGACUUACUGACUUGCCCGCGUCCACUCGCCUCACCGGCCCUUGAACAUUUCUCUCUACCUGCUUGCUCUGUGCAUCCCCAGGCCAACGGCAAUUUCUGUAUGUGGCUCAGGGUCCCAGCUGGAGCCUCGGAACUCGGCACCCCCUGGGGUGGUGUAAUUCAUCACGAGCCCAUCCCUGGCUCUGCUGGGCACCCGGUUGGCCGGCGUGAAUCUUGGGCUGGCAGCAGAGCUGUCUCCAUCUUUUCCGCCCCAGGCAGGGUGGCUCAGGGUGUGAGAAGGGACGGACCUCAGGGCCUUUAAGGACUCACGUGCCCUGCGUGCAAGGCCGGACCCCUGCCUUCACCCCUUCCCUUUCCCCAAAGUAUAGGUGUGAAGCCAGGCAGGCAGCCCGUGGCUUCCUUUUUGUGCAUGAAAAGUAAAUCUGUACUUGAUUGCUAAAAGGUGAUCACUUCCUUUUGUCACGUCCAACGUUAACCUCAUAAUUUGAGCCAAAUAGGAUUAUUUGACUUCACCUAAUCUCCCCACUGGGAGAUUAAUGCCAGGCUUGAUUCCGGUCUCCAUCAUUUCCGGUUUCUUUUUAGUGGAAAACUAAAAGAUCAAGCGGAGGAGACCUUUGUCCAUUCGUAGGGUUGGGGGAGGGCAGCAGGGCUCAGAGACCGGAUUGUCCUCUCAUUCUUCAGUUCAUCAGUAACUUGCUCCCCCCACCCGCCUUGAAAUUCAGUCAGAUCUUAAGGUGUAAGUUACAUUGUAAAUUCAGUAGCCUGCCAGAAAAUAUUUUUUGGCUGUGAGUUCAUAGAUGAUGGAAACAGGUUCUUCUCAGUUCAUUGUGCCCUUGUCACCAGGUCUCACCUGGCCUCCCAGUUUUAGCUGAGACCUGAGGAGGACACUAAGUAGAGAAGCACGGGAGGGGCUUGGUGGAAGGUGCCGGGUUUGGCUAUGUGGAGGUGCUUGCCGAGGAACCUUUCCUGGUCUGGACGGCACCAGCCUGGGCCUUCCGUGAGCCUCUGCUGCCCUCUGCUGGCCGAGUCGAGGUUUUGCAGUGUGGGAGAGCAGCCCGCCAGGAUGCAGGGAACCCGUGUUCCUCAGCUGCUGCCCGUUCACCUUUGCAUAGGCCAGAGCCGGUGGAGAGGUUUUUCUGGCGGACUUCUUUCAGCUGUCAUUGCCUGAGAAUCAAAAACUGCUGUCUACCUUUACUGUUCCUGGGGCUUCCCUGGUGGCUCAGCUGGUAACGAAUCCACCUGCAAUGGGGGGGACCUGGGUUCGAUCCCUGGGUUGGGAAGAUCCGUUGGAGAAAGGAACAGGCCACCCACUCCAGUAUUCUGGCCUGGAGAAUUCCAUGGACUGUAUGUAUAGUAUAGUCCAUGGGGUCGCAAAGAGUCAGACACAACUGAGCGACUUUGACUUUGUCUUUCCCAUUCCUAAUAGUUCUGUUUGGGGCAGUAAAUGCCUAGAAGAUUUUUUAAAGCCCAGCAUAACUAUAACUUCCUACCUACUUCCUUUCAGGUCCAGGCCAUGGGACAGGAGAUCUGUAGGACACAGAGAAGGUAAUGACUUUAGAGAGAGGUGAAGGCUGCAGUGCGUGAGUGCCUCUGGGGAAGGUAGUCCGCCAGUGAGCUCUGAGGACAGGCUGUCUUGGGGAGUCCUGCAGCAGUAAGCCCACACCCGAAGGCCCCUUGAGCAGCCCUGUGGUUGUAGGACCCCUGGGAACAACCGUACUUGGAGAUUUGGGGCGUGAGGCCUUCCAGGGGAAGAAGCUGGCUUUUCCUGAGCCCCCAGAGGUCAAGUUUGGGCUGGGCUGGCGCAAGGCCAGGCGGAAGGUGGCUCAGUCCCGUCAUCUAGGGCUCAGACCCUCGGCCCAGGGACCGGCCAAAGGGCCCCCCACCCCCAGGCAAGCCACCUCUUCAGACUAGGGUGCUGGCAGGGCCCUGGCAGCCCCUGCCCACCCCCCGCCCCCCGUCAGGUCGGCCUCAUUUGCCUGCAGACUCCUUGUGUGCAGUGGCAAGUGGAAAAAUCGCUGAGUGGGGCGCCUUUUCCUUGCAGCCUGCGUCAGAGGUGGCCUCGUGGGGUCUCAGGUCCACACACCCCCAGGGGCCCACACAUUUGGCAGAGCCCGAAGCGGGUAGGCCACAGUCAGGAUCGUUCUGCUUUAUUGAGAAGAGCCAGGGUGGGGUGGGCUGGGGGCGGUGCAAGGCACAGGCCUGGCUGAGGGUAGGUCUGGCCUUGGAGCUGGUCCCCAAGUCUGGCGUGAGGAGGACUCUCAGCAGUGACUGGCCGUCAGUUAGACUUUAAAUGCCAAAAAGAGCACCUUCUCGGCUUCCCUGUUCACUGGCUCCGGGACGCAGACGUGUGUGUCUCCUGCUGGGUGGUGGGUAGGAAACCAAAUCUGAAAGGUUCCCGAUGGAGCAGCCAGCAUCAUUAAGCAGCUGUUGUACCGGGAGCCCGGUCUCCAAAGCCCCAGACAAUAUGUGUCAAAUGGAAACACCGCAGUCAGAGUGAAGGCUGAGGAGGAACAGGCAGCUCCCUGCCGCUCAGGCUCCCGCCGUCUCUCUCACAAGUGGAGCCGGACCUGCAGGGACUUCCACCGUCUUGCCCUGUGCGACAGGCGAAGGCAGACUUUCUAAUGGCCCCGGCCCACCCCACGUCACCGAUGCUCACCCCAGAUGACAUGGUCCCUAAUCCCGGCGGGAAACAGAACGCGUGGUGCUUCCUACCCAGAAGCAGGACUUCUCCCAGCUGCUCUGCGGGAGCGUCCUGGCUUCUGGGGGAGAAAGCUGAGUGGUUGGAAAACAGCCACGGGCCCCUGAGUCCUCGGGGCUGACGGGGAGCGUGCCGCUUGGUGGUUGAAAGGGAAAGGCUGCCUGCCGGCGCUGCGGGCCCAUCCAAGGAGCUGGCCAGCCACACGUGAGAGCUGCUUCUCCGGGCCCAGCCCUGCUCUGUGGAGCUGAGAAGGCGCCUUACUCGCUGGGCCUCCUCGAGGUGUGUGGCUGUGUGUGUGAACGUGUGUGUUAACGUGUGUGUGCUCAACCAUGUCUGAUUCUUUGCCACCCCAUGACUGUAGCUUCCAGGGUUCCUCUGUCCGUGGAAUUUCCCACUCAAGAAUACUGGAGUGGGGUGCCAUUUCCUCCUCCAGGGGAUCUUCCCACCCAUGGAUCAAACCUGCGUCUCAUGAGUCUCCUACAUUUGCCAGGCGGAUUCUUUGCCACUGCGCCACCUGGGAAUGUAGAAAGUUUUCUCCAGUACAGCUCCUGCAAAACUUGGUGUGUUCAAGGUUAAUCAGAAUUUUGUAUUUUUUUGAGUGGUUUUCUUUGUAAAAAUGAAGGAUUUUCAAAGCACUCUGUUUUGCUAGGACCGUGGGGAGGCCAGCCUUGUUCCUCUGUCCUCCCCCAGGCACUCCCUGUCCUGGUCUCUGAGGAAUGAUUUGCUGCUCUUGGUGGGGCUGCGGGUUGGGGAGGGGGGAGUCAGAGGUGGAGGGGCCUGUGGCUGCUGCGCUGGAGCCACUGCCUCAUCUCAUUGGGCCCUUUAAGAGUUCAGAAGUGGAUGGAAAACAGUAAUGUCACUGGAUGCUUCUUUAGAAAUAAAGACAAAAGCUGCUGAACCUGAA